AUGGAUACAAUUGAGAAGAAUUACGUCCAGAAUGUCUACUCAAAGCUGGCUUCUCAUGCGUCACAGAACUUCUUCCACAACGCCCAUCAACGAUCUUGGCCCAGCGUAUCAAAGUUCAUAAAAGGCCUUGAGACAGGAAGCCUCAUACUUGAUAUAGGUAAAGAACACAUAUCGUAUUGUACCGAGUAGCAGUAGCACAUAUGUUGUGUAUCAUGACAAAGUAUACAAUUUUAUAUGAUGUUUGUGAGUAUAAUGUAGGUAUGGUGUGACUUGUACUUUGUGUCCGUGUUGUUUACCCUUUUUUGAAGGCUGUGGACCAAACAAAUACAAAACAAGCAAACACUUCUUAAUUGGCGUCGACAAUUGUGCCGAGGCUCUGGUCCGCUCCAACAAGGACAAAACCCGCGACGUUGUUAUAGCCGAUGCUACAGCGUUGCCUUUCCGGCAAGUUACCCCGUUCCUGUUUAACUAUUUCCAAAUCAUAAAAAACAUUAUAAUUCUAUUUAUUCGUACUUCCUCUGGUUAACAUCCUGUUUCAGCCGAGACAUCGCCGACGCUGCUCUGUGCAUAUCAGUGUUACACCACUUAUCCAAAGUAAAGCGACGGAAAGCCUGUUUAUCGGAGCUGAGCCGUCUUUUACGACCAAGUGGACAACUUUUGGUGUAUGUUUGGGCAUUCGAGCAACCGAAUGGACAAUUCCCUUCUCAGGACAUACUGGUACCUUGGAAUAUGCAUGAAGUGCCACAUGCUGGUAAUUUGUUAUGACAUAAUACCAGAAAGCAGAACAUUUGAUAAAUAUAAUAACAUAAUGACAAUGUAAUGCAAUAUGCUAUCAAGUUGUAAAAGAUGUCUUUCAGGUCGACUUCCGAUUGUCAAGUUUCACAAGGAUUCGACCAAAGAGCAACGCAUUAUCGCUGUAGGUUCAAAAGUCUCACUUUUCUAAUUAUUUUCACUUUUUAAAAACUAUUCAUAAGAACCUUUCAGAACUCAAUCGCCGUAGAUAUGUACGAGAACAGUUAUUCCGAAUUCUUCGGCUCCAUUCUCAAAUUUCUGAAUACCAAAGUUUCUAAGAUGAGGAGAGAAAUGCCUCCGGCCAUUCCCCAGUUUUUGUUUUCCCAGACCUCCAGAUUACUCUCAGGAAUCAAUAGCUGGUCUCCAACACUGAAUCGAAAGCUAAAGGCCCUGAGGGGCGACACCAUACCCAUCUAUGCAGAGGAGCUCACCAACCAGAUUCUGGAGGACGGCAUCGCAGAAGCCAUGUCCACGAUCCAGAAAGUCAUCUUCUACCGCUACUACCACGUAUUCAGACGGGGCGAGCUCGAGAGUCUGGUCGAGAGCGACAAAUCGAUUGGAUUCUUCGUCUUGAAGUGUGAAUACGAGUCUGCUAAUUGGGCGUUGUUACUAAGAAAAGAAUAA